AACAAGAGUGAUCCCUUUCCGAAUACAGAAAUUUGAAAAGCAAAAGCAAAAUAGAAAACACUCCGAAAACAAACAAAAAAAAAAAAAAAAAAAAGUUCCCCCCAAUAGCCAACUCCUACCCAGUCCUUCUGUCGACGGUUUACUGUUUCUCUCUGGUAUUUCAGUGCGCUUUUUGCUCUGAUUUUGAUAUCCCUUGGUGCAAUGUGUCUUGUGAAAGCUUAUGCUGGCUGUAUGCAUAACAAGCUUACAAAGGGUAGCCAUUAGUCCUUUAACUAGAUGGUGUCCAGACGGAAUGAAGCUAAAGUUGAAUUUGAGGCUGACCCUGCUACUUGGGCAGCCAGUGAGGAGAAAAUUUUCAUUCGGUUAAUGGUAAAAGAGGUUCAGAAAGGAAACAGAUCCAGCACAACCUUUACAAGGAAAGGUUGGAAAAAUAUAGAGCAAGAAUUCUGUGAUCGAACAUGCAAGAGGUAUAACAAUUCUCAAUUCAGAAAUAAAUUUAACCAACUGAGGACACGUUAUCAUGAUUUCAGUAAGCUAUUGAAAGAACCUGGGUUUAGCUGGGACCCCAUGCUCAACAAUGUCUCAGCCUCCGAGAGUGUCUGGGAGUCAUUUAUAAAGGCCAACAAGAAGGCUAAAAGAUUCCGGAAAAAGGGUUGUGCUAUGUUUAAUGAUUUGGGGAUUAUCUAUGGCAAUCUAGCUGUGCAGUGCAAAGGUGUUUUCCCACUGUCUCAGUAUCCCUUGGUCAAUGAAGAUCACAUGGAUGUAGAAGAUUCAUCAACAAAUGCCACUCCAUCUGCUUUCCUGGAUGUUGAUAGCAAUGAUAAUAAAGAUUAUACUUUGCAAAACACAAGAGGGCAGCGAUCUCCCACUCCAACAAGCCAUGUUGGAGGGAAGAUGGACACAAGGGCAGGAAAGAUAGGAGACGCUCUGAAGGAAUGGGCUGACGCUAUGCAGGAAACAAACAUAACGCCACCAACCUCGAAAAGAGUCGACACAUCCCUACGAUACAGUGCAUUUUCCAUAACCAAUUGUGUCAAGUGUCUGGAGUCAAUUGAAGGUGUCGAUGGUGGUACCUACAUAAAGGCAAUUAAGAUGUUUAAAGAUGCGGACUGGAGGGAGAUGUUUAUGGCAAUGUCAGCUGAGCGAAGAUUACUUUGGUUGAAUAGCUUAGAGUGAUGCUGACUGCUAUGCUCUUGGGAUUCUGAAAGAAAGAUAAGCAUACAAUUUAAGAAACAUUCCACUUUUGCUUGUUUUUCCAGAUAAUCUUUCUGUGUUGUAGAGAGACAUCUUUGACACAAUCAAGUUCAUCUGCAUUCUGACC